GCAACAUCUUGGGGUGCAGUAUUCAGUCGGUUCAAACUUCAACGAAGAAGAGGUGCCAGCAGAGCGUGUCAAGAAAUUCCCAUCUAGAGCAAAUAUUCUACUUUUGGAUUCAAAGUCAUGGAUGAACAGCAGUCGUCUCCCGCGGCCAAUACUGAAAACGCCAGCCAGAGAAACGGAGAUGAGCAAAGAAUUACAGAAUUGUGGCUUAUCAUCUCAGAAGACACGACGUGCCAACUGGACCAAGGGCAGGAAGAGGAAGAAGCCCAUGAAGGACAGGAAUGCGCCCAAAGCGCCGCUGACGGGCUACGUUCGCUUCAUGAACGACAGGCGCGAGCAGCUGAGGGCCGAGCGUCCGGACGUGCCCUUCCCGGAGAUCACCAGGAUGCUGGGCAACGAGUGGAGCAAGCUGCCGCCUGAGGAGAAACAGCGAUAUCUGGACGAAGCGGACCGCGACAAGGAGCGCUACAUGCGGGAGCUGGAGAAAUACCAGAAGACGGAGGCGUACAAGCAUUUCACCAGGAAGGUCCAAGAGAAGCAGAAGGGCAAGCGACACAGAGGCGAUGUCGGGAACCCGGCGGCCAAUGAGUCUCUGCACGAGAAGGAUUCCGAGGGCAAGGACCGAACCGUGUUUGACAUCCCCAUCUUCACAGAGGAGUUCCUCAACCACAGCAAAGCUCGUGAGGCCGAGAUGCGACAGCUGCGCAAGACCAACAUGGAGUACGAGGAGCGCAACGCCGCGCUCCAGAAGCACGUGGAGAGCAUGCGCGGCGCCGUGGAGCGUCUGGAGGGCGACGUGAUGCAAGAGAGGGGGCGCAACGGUCUGCUCCACCAGCACCUGGACACUCUGCGGCAGGCGCUCGCUGCCAGCUUUUCCUCUGUGCCUCUGCCAGUUUCCUACACCGCUCCCACAGCAGUUGGCACCGUUUCCCAUGGGCGUGGAGGCGAAAGAUUGAUUGGGCUGUCCGCUGAACAAAAUGGUGUUCUAUUGAAGGCAGCGUCAGGCAGCGGAGAGAUGCCCACCCUGGACUCCAUCGACUCGUACAUGAAGAAGCUGCACAGCAUCAUCAUGAGCAACCCGCAGGAACACGACAGCCUCAUUAACACCGUGAGAGACCUGGUCAACCGUUUGGACAGAUAAUUGCUGCAUGUUCAAGUGGGAAGUUGGAGAGAACCACAUUGAUCGGCACAUUUAUCUCUCCGCCAAAGUGAUGAAGAUGAUGUAGCUCCUCAUAUUUAUUUCUCCUUUUUAAUUUUUUUUUUUUUUUUUUUUUUUUUUUUUUUUUUUUUAAUGUGUCACUUUAUGGAUCUGGCCACAGUUCUGUCAGUGAAACACUCAAUUGUUGUGAACCGGUAAUGUGUCGCCAGAAAAGAAAGUGCGUAUGUUUGUAUUCUGACAAAAAA